AUGGCUGCGGAGCACUCGCCCCGCGGGGCGUCGCUAUGGCAGCGGCGGGCGCGCUGCCGGCCGGGCGGGCCCGGGCGGCGGCACCGGGCGCUGAGGGGGACCAGGGCGGUGGUGUGGCGGCGGGACCAUGCCCCUGGCUGCCUACUGCUUCCUCCGGGCCGUGGGGAAGGGCAGCUACGGGGAGGUGAGCCUGGUGCGGCACCGGCACGACAGCAAGCAGUAUGUCAUCAAAAAGUUAAACCUUAAAAAUGCUUCCAUCCGGGAGAGGAAAGCAGCAGAGCAAGAGGCACAGUUGUUAUCCCAGUUGAAGCACCCAAACAUAGUUGCCUACAGAGAGUCCUGGCAGGGGGAAGAUGGACUGUUAUAUAUUGUUAUGGGCUUCUGUGAAGGAGGAGAUCUGUACCACAAACUCAAGGAGCAGAAGGGCAAACUUUUGCCAGAGAGUCAGGUGGUGGAAUGGUUUGUCCAGAUUGCGAUGGCAUUGCAGUAUUUACAUGAACAGCACAUUCUGCACAGAGAUCUUAAAACUCAAAAUAUUUUUCUGACACGAACAAAUAUAAUCAAAGUGGGUGACCUGGGAAUAGCCAGAGUGCUGGAAAACCAAUAUGACAUGGCCAGCACUCUCAUAGGCACACCGUACUACAUGAGCCCUGAACUCUUUUCUAACAAGCCCUACAAUUGCAAGUCUGACGUUUGGGCAUUAGGCUGCUGCGUUUAUGAAAUGGCUACACUGAAACAUGCCUUUAAUGCUAAAGACAUGAACUCUUUGGCUUAUCGAAUUAUUGAAGGAAAGCUACCACCCAUGCCAAAGGAUUACAGCCCACAUUUGGUAGAAAUCAUACGAACCAUGCUCAGUAAAAAGCCUGAAGAAAGGCCUAGUGUGAAAAGCAUACUAAGACACCCAUAUAUCAAGCACCAAAUUUCUUUGUUUUUGGAAGCCACGAAGGCGAAAGCAGCCAAAAGUCAUAAGAAAACAGCAGAUUCUAAACUUAAAGAUCCUUGUUCUGUGGUCUCAGUAAAGAAAGAAACUUGUAACAGGAAUGUGACACCCGAAAACCACUCCUUUGAGCAAGCCAAGAAAUACAAAGUUAAUGAAGAAGACUGCAUCAUCAAAUAUAAAGCCACUAAAUCUUGUGCCCCAGAGAAAUCACCUGUUGAGUUGAAAACAAAACCAAGCAGUAAUGAUUCAAACAGCCUGGGAGAGUCUUUAGCUACAAUCAGUGAAGUGAAUAUUGAUAUCUUAACAUCUGAAAAGGGGACCUAUGAAAUUGAGAAGUGCGGCAGUGAUCAUAUUCCUGAGAAUAAUAAAGCAAAAUGUGUAAAUGUUCCAGGGAAUUCUAAAAUAAUAUCUAGUAGUCCACCAGUUAAGACUGAUGGACUACAGAAAAAAACAAAGCAAGCUUUUAAAGCAGAAAGUGCUGUGCCUAAGCUGUCGUCUCUUGCUGCUGUAGAAGAUGAUGAUACUCUGAGACUCCUGCAGCCCAUAUCAGAAGACCAAAAGCAAACUGACCUGAGUUUGGAUUCUACUGAAAAACUACUAGCACCAUUUGUUCCUGUUGUAAUUCAGGAUGAUGUCUGUCAUGGAGCUUCAGGAGAUGCUCAGGAAAAAAUUACUUCUCAGUUACAGCCUCAUAGUUCUGCUCAUGAACCCUCUCUCUCACGGCAGCGACGGCAGAAGAAAAGAGAGCUAGCUGAAGUCUGUUCAGAAAAGUUCAGAGCAGCUGCUCAUCAGCCUUCACCUUUUCCGUCCAAUGUGAAUGCAAAGACAGUACAGAGAUGUGCAGAGGAGUAUUGUGCUGAAGUCUCUGAAUCUGUAAACAGCACCAAAAACAGUCAAGUUGCCAUUUCAAAGGAGCGGCCCUUGUCAGCAAGAGAACGAAGGCGGCUAAAACAGUCUCGGGAAGAGAUGUUUCCCUCUGUGAUUCCAGCAAGACGAACAGCAAAUAGUGCAGUAGUUGAAGGAAAAUCACAAACGGAAAAUCAUGUUAAAGUUGCUCAGUCCUCAUCAGAUCCCAGUAUUUCUCAGAAAAACAGAGUGGCCCAUUGCCUUUCUGAUGAGGAGUUAAGCUCUUCCACAAGCUCUACAGAUAAGUCUGAUGGAGAUUCCAAGGAAAAAAAAAGCAGUAUGAAUGAAGUGAAUGACUUGGUGCAGCUAAUGACUUGGACACUGAAAAUGGACUCUAAGGAGAAUUCUGAACACUGUGUAGCCUCGACUCCGGCCCCAGAAUUUAAACUUCAUAGAAAAUACCGAGACACUUUGAAUUUGCAUGGAAAAUCACCUGAUGAAUCAGAGGAAUUCAAAUUUCAAGAGAUUCCUUCAGAUGUUUUAUCAGGUCCUGAGAAGAUUAGGAGAUUGGUUGAAAUCCUGAGAUCUGAUGUGGUGCAAGGACUGGGAGUGAAACUUCUUGAGAAGGUGUACUGCAUUAUGGAAGAAGAUGAUGAAGUCAAAAGAGAGCUGCAGCUGCGGGAGCAUAUGGGAGACAAGUACGCAAGUUACAGUGCGAAGGCACGCCAUCUGAAAUUUCUUGAAGAAAAUGUGAAGUUCUAAUUGGAACCUUUUCCUUGGUAGUAAAGAGGACAGAUUUCUAUCUUGUUGGAUAGAUUGGACCAGCUUAAAAAGCAUAUUUAUCCAUUGACCUCCUCUGCUGGAUGAACUUUCAAAAAACGUUAUAGUUUGUAGUAGUAUUUUUCAUGUUAAAGUGAAAACCAGGCUCUCACUUUUUCAGAAGAGAAACUGUUUAAUUUUUAUUCCCUUAAUGAAACAUUAAUUUUUAAUAGAUGCAAAGAGAUGGAUACCAAGCUUUGUAUAAAAAGGAGCGUCAAAAAACACGAUGGUUUAGUUUGAAUUUAUCAUGACAAAAGGUUUUUGUAUGGUGAUAUGCUAAAUAUGGUAAUAGAAGCUAUGUCAGGGCUAUGGCGUAGACUGAUUGAUGUAAUGCUUACCAUCUAACAGUUGUGGAGAGUUACCAGGGAGAAACAACUAUUAAUUUCCAUAGCACCAAAGAGCCCUGCGGGUUCUUUAAGUAAAUUGCCAAGUGCUGAAGGGAUGGUUGCAUUGCUUUUAAGCAGUAAGCACUGCCUUUGGUUUUGAGUUGUAUUGCUAAGGCAGCCCCAAUGUUGGUGGAGAGCAUUUGGUAACUGGAUAAAGUAUGUCUGAAAGGAACACAGCCGUGGUUACCAUGGUCCCUGCUUGGAGGAGUCCCUUUGCCUUACAAGUACUGAUUCCUUUUAGGAAUUAAAGUGCCCAAGACCAGGGCCACUCAGAGUGAUAGGUAUCUUAGCUUUACUCUUUCCAUGCACCUGGACUGUGUUGCUACACAAUACCUGGGCAUUGUCAAGUGAGAUCACUGUUGAAAAAACUCAUGUCUUUUUUAAAGGAUUAAAAGGAUAAAGGGAACUGAAUUUGUAAAACAAAGCUUCAGUCUCCCUUGUGGGUGGUGGCACUUACAAUAUUUAAGCAGGUCGUGGACUAUAUCACAGUAAGUUACAAUAUUUAGGCAGGUCGUGGAAAUAAGUCAUAGUGGUCAAAAGGUGCAACAGCUAUGGAUCCCGCUGCCUAAUACUUAACUAGAUGAUGAAGUUAUGUGGUUUCAAGAGUGGUUGUAUUAUGUAGAGUAAAGCUGUUACUUUCUCCUCCCACAUAAAUUUAUUUUACACAGAAAAUGUCACCCUGUGCUAUCCUAUCCUGCAAAAGUUUCCAGUUCUUAGGAUUUUUCAAAACUCUGGUGGGUACUGGUUUACAGGACUUGUUUCAACCUGGCACUACUGACAGCUUCUUUUACAAGUGGUUAGAAAUACUUUUACAGAAGUGUAGCUGCAUAUUGUCUUCCAGCUUAUGGCAAUAGCUUAACUAUACUUUGAUUCAAGGGCAGUCUUCCUUUUCAGUAAAAUACUUGAGUGAGUUGAGAACUCGCAGAGCCUCAAGUUUAUCACCCCACACCCACCUUCAUACUCUGAACUGAUCUUAUGUACUCAUGACAAUGUACAAAAUAGUACAGAGAAAAAAAACAACAACCACUGAGCCAAGCAGCAUCUCCUAGAGAAAAUGUAUUAAAACUUAAGAAAGCUACAAUGUAACAUCAUGAAGAACCGUAUUCUUUAGCUUUUAGCGUCUUUUUGGCUUUCUGUCUGCUGGCUUCUUAUCAUCUGUUCCCGACUCCUGGACAGGUAACCACUUCAGAGGAUUGCGGCGGUACAUAGGCCAUGGCGGGAGUGUUAGCUUAAGAAAAGGAAUGACAUGAAGAUGUGUAAAUCAAGAUGCUAGAGAAGUGUUUUGUACAGCUGCUACCCAGAAAACUGUGUUGUCCUUUCUGGUAAAAAUAGUAUCAGCUUGUCCUAGUUUUGGCUAGUAGCCAAAAGUCCUAGUAGCUGGCAUGGUGCUGUGUUUGGGGUUUGGGAUGAGAAUAAUGUUGAUAUCACACUGAUGUGUUAGUUGUUGCAGAGCAGCGAUUACACUAAGCCAGGGACUCUGCAGCUUUUCGCUCUGUCCUGCCAGCGGGCAGGCUGGGGGUGCAGUGGGAGCUCGGAAGGGACAGACCCAGAACAGCUGACCCAAACUGGCCUAAGGGGGUAUUCCAUCCCAUCUGUCACGCUGAACAAUAUAUAGGGGUUGCUGGCCGGGGUGGGGAGGUCCGGCUGCUGGGCAUCGGUCAGCAGGUGGUGAGCAAUUGCAUCGUGCAUCACUUGUUUUGUACAUAUUAGGAGCAGCAGUAUUAUCAUUAUUAUUAUUUUCUGUUCUGUCCUAAUAAACUGUCUUUAUCUCAA